GCCUGCGAGCAGAUUUGAAGAGAAGCCGCCAUCAGGAGCUUCCAGCACGGCGACGCUGUCACGUUCGUGCCGACAAAAAGAGGCGAGACGCGUGUUUUUGUUUGUUUUUUCCAGUGCGUGCGUGUGCGUGUUUCCGCGGCAGCGCGCGGGAAAAGACAGCGCAGCCAUCGCGGUAAACAAGGCGGUAAAGAAGGUGGCCGCCCCGCGGGGACGCGACAUGGGCUCGCCGCGCGGAGUCUAGCCGGGCCGGGAGCGAGGAGGACUCGCAGGGCGCCGCGGGAGAUGGAGCCCGGUCUGCUGGGGAUUUACCUGCUCCUGCCGCUCGCGCUUCUGCGCAGGUCCGGCGCCAAGGAGAUCACGUGCCAGGAAAUAGCCGUGCCGCUGUGCAAAGGCAUCGGCUACAACUACACCCACAUGCCCAACCAGUUCAACCACGACACGCAGGACGAGGCCGGGCUGGAGGUGCACCAGUUCUGGCCCCUGGUGGAGAUCCAGUGCUCGCCGGACCUCAAGUUCUUCCUGUGCAGCAUGUACACGCCCAUCUGCCUGGAGGACUACAAGAAGCCGCUGCCGCCCUGCAGGAGCGUGUGCGAGCGCGCCCGGGCCGGCUGCGCGCCCCUCAUGAGGCAGUACGGCUUCCCGUGGCCGGACCGGAUGAAGUGCGACCUGCUUCCGGUUCAAGGCAACCCCGACACGCUGUGCAUGGACUACAACAGGAGCGAGUCCACCACCGCCUCGCCCGUCCUCUCCAAGCCCACUAAUAACCCCGGGAAGGGGUACAACCCCCCCAAGGUGAAGCCGGGGAGACCCGGGGUGCCCCGGAAGUACAAGCCCCCCGCCGCGCCCUGCGAGCCGGGCUGCACCUGCCUGGAACCCAUGGUGGCGGUCAGCGCCGAACGCCACCCGCUGUACAACCGGGUGAAAACGGGUCAGAUCAGCAACUGCGCCAUGCCGUGCCACAGCCCCUACUUCAGCCCCGACGAGAGGGCCUUCACCGCCUUCUGGAUCGGGCUGUGGUCCGUCCUGUGCUUCGUGUCCACCUUCGCCACCGUGGCCACCUUCCUCAUCGACAUGGAGCGCUUCAAGUACCCGGAGCGGCCCAUCAUCUUCCUGUCCGCCUGCUACAUGUUCGUGUCGGUGGGCUACAUCGUGCGGCUCAUCGCCGGCCACGAGAACGUGGCCUGCAGCCGGGAGUACGACGUGGAGCACAUCCACUACGAGACCACGGGGCCGGCGCUGUGCACCGUGGUCUUCCUCCUCAUCUACUUCUUCGGCAUGGCCAGCUCCAUCUGGUGGGUCAUUUUGUCCUUGACCUGGUUCCUGGCCGCCGGGAUGAAGUGGGGCAACGAAGCCAUCGCCAGCUACUCCCAGUACUUCCACCUGGCGGCCUGGCUCAUCCCCAGCAUGAAGUCCAUAGCGGUCCUGGCGCUGAGUUCUGUGGACGGCGACUCUGUGGCCGGGAUAUGCUACGUGGGCAACCAGAACCUGGACAACCUACGUGGGUUCGUCCUGGCCCCUUUGGUUAUUUACCUCUUCAUCGGCACCAUGUUCCUCCUGGCCGGAUUCGUGUCCCUCUUCCGGAUCCGGAACGUCAUCAAGCAAGGCGGCACCAAGACGGACAAACUGGAAAGACUCAUGAUCCGGAUCGGCGUUUUCACCGUGCUCUACACGGUCCCGGCCACCGUCAUCGUGGCCUGCUUCUUCUACGAGCAACACAACCGGCACAAGUGGGAGACCACCCACAACUGCUCCGACUGCCUCCAGGAGCGCGACCGCAGCCGGCCGGACUACGCCGUCUUCAUGCUGAAGUACUUCAUGUGCCUUCUGGUGGGCAUCACGUCCGGGGUGUGGAUCUGGUCCGGCAAGACUCUGGACUCCUGGAGGACUUUCUGCACCCGGUGUUGCUGGGGCAGCAAGGCCACGGGCGGCUCCAUGUACAGCGACGUGAGCACGGGACUGACGUGGCGCUCCGGCACGGCCAGCUCCGUGUCUUGCCCCAAGCAGAUGCCAUUGUCGCAGGUCUGAAUGGAAGCCCACCAAAGCAGCUUAGGACUGCCAAUCGUCGGGAGAUAACCCAACACGCCCUCGGACUGCGAAUCGUCGGGAGAUAACCCAACACGCCCUCGGACUGCGAAUCGUCGGGAGAUAACCCAACACGCCCUCCCGGUCUUAAGCAAUUUGCAUCGGAAAGAACUUCCAAUCUCCAACUUUUGGGGCAUUUUUUCAGUUUUUCUACCCAUCCUGUGCCAGACAGUCGUCCCAAAGCCUUAAGAGUGCCCCCGUUUGCUUGUUCCGUCUUCUUUUACGGGUCCCUCGUUUUGUAAUUCCAACAAAGUAUUUAUAUAAAGCUUAUGUAUAUUUGUGUAUAAAAGAGAAGUUUAUAAGUAGUGUAUAUUUUGUACAAAGUGUAGAUGUUUCUUGAAAAACUUCUAUUUUGACAAUAAAACCUUUGAUAAGUGGAA